CCAUCGGGCGCUACUUACGGCGAACCUCCGAUGGUGACACCGUCAUGCACCCUUGGCUGUCAGCAUUGCUCUCAGACUUUUCCUUUUGACUGGCCCCCGAUCGCAAACCCAAAGUUGAAUGCCGAUUCAAAACCAAUUAGUUAGACAGGACGACGCAAUCAAUUGCUCAGCGAUUAAUUAGUUACCGAAGCUCAUUACGUUUACAUAUGCCGGCGCACAGCCGAUAUCUCUUUCAGCACUUGGGAUUUCUGGUUGCUUUGUUGCUACCGUCUUAUUACGGUGCGUGGGAGCUCAUUGGAUGUCAUUUGACAUCCUUAAGGUGGCGGUGGGACCUGGGGCAGAGUCACUCAUGCGGUGUUAUCUUUCUGAUCUGGUUGUGUUUCUCAAACCUCCAAUCGCUAGCGGCCCAAGCUGCAGCUGCAUCUCAAAUCAUACCCAAAGUGGCGGUAAGCCAAGCAACGCUCAGCCAUGGCAUGCGCCAUCGAGACUGCAGCGGCUACUUCCGGUCGUCGUCAACCACAGUGUGCUGCUUAGUUAAUUAUGUCUCCGAGCCGCGUCGACCUAAUUGUUAGAUAGAAAGAUGCCACCG